UACUGUUUACCACUUACACCCACACACACAAAACACCACCAGAAUCUGAAACACUUCUGUCUUCUUGUCUGUACCUAAGUUCUGUCGUCUCUGCUGAGAAAUACAUUCAUCGCCGAUCAAUUCUCGUAUAUAGAUAUAUCAUCCGAUGGGUUGUUCUGUGAGGUCGAAGCACGUCAGACCGAACCGGAAGUCCCGAUCCACGAAACCCCAAUUCGAUCCGUCUUGUCUCCUCAACAAGACAGCUCUAUCAACUCUCCUUGAUUCCAACCCUAGUGGCAACUUCGAGGACAAUGGUUACGGUUACUGCACCGAGGAGCAGCUAGAGGAUCUACUCCUGAAACAUCUGGAGCAUAUAUACAACGAAGCUGUCUCAAAGCUUGUGUCUUUGGGCUACGAUGAUGACGUGGCGUUGAGAGCUGUUCUGAGUAAUGGGUACUGUUACGGUGGGACGGAUGUGUUGAACAACAUUCUGGAUAACUCACUGGCUCAUCUGAGAGGUAGUAGUAAUGGGGAGGAGGAUGAGGAUGGAUCAGAGCCUGUGUUCGCUGAUCUGAGACAGUUGGUGGAGUACUCGCUUGCUGGUAUGGUUUAUUUGUUGAAACAAGUUAAGCCGAAUCUGAGUAGAGGCGAUGCGAUGUGUUGUUUGCUUAUGAGCGAGCUUCAUGUCGGUAAGGCGAGUACGAUUGAUAUACCAACCUCUGGAAAGGUGGAUGGUGAUGAUGGUGCUAGAGAGAUUGAUUGUCCUAGGAGGUUUAAUCUAACGCCGUCGAUGAAGUGUUUGCUGAGAGAGAAUGUUGCUGCGUUUGCCGCUGGUUAUCGUGCUAGUAAGAAGUGUGAGCAGCCGCCACAAGAGAGUGUUAGUUCAGUGCUGGAGAAGUUCCAGGAUCUGAAUCUCGAUGAUGACAGCGCGCCUGAGAAGGGAAAGGAUGAUGCUUUGAUAGGAUUGCUGCGUCAGGUUCAGGAUCUGAAAAGGCAAGUGGAAGAGAGGAGAGAGUGGGCUCAGAAGAAGGCGAUGCAAGCUGCGCAGAAGGUGAGCGAUGAGCUAUCCGAGCUUCAGUCGUUGAGGAGUGUGAGAGAUGAGAACUUACGGUUGAAGAAAGGGAAACAAAGUGGGGAGGACUCGACGGUGAAAAGGAUAUCAGAGAUGGAGAGUGAUCUUAGAAAAGUGAGCAGUCAUGUCGACAAGGCUGGUAUGAUAGCGAGGAGGCUUGAGAACGAGAAUGCAGUGAUCCGGGCUGAGAUCGAAGCUUCCAAGCUGAGUGAAUCAGAGUCGCUGACGGCUUGCAUAGAGGCAACGAAGAAGGAGAAGAAACGGUUGAAGAGACUUGUAGCGUGGGAGAAGCAGAAGAAGAAGUUGCAAGAGGAGAUUGAUGGUGAGAAAGAAAAGAUUAAGGCACUCGAGAGCGGUUUAGCACAGAUCAAACAGGAGGAAAAAGAAUAUGAGGAGAAAUGGAGGGAGGAGCAGGAAGCAAAGGAGCAGGCGUUGGCUCAAGUGGAAGAAGAACAACGGUCCAAGGAAGCAACUGAGGUGAGAAACAAGAGAAAUGUUGAAAGCUUGCGGUUGAAGAUUGAAAUAGAUUUUCAGAGACAUAAAGACGAUCUCCAGAGACUUGAACAAGAGCUCUCUCGGCUCAACAAGGACUCUUCAACUGACGCAAGACUCCAGUCAAAUAACAUCUCCCAGACAAAGGGAGAAGUGGUGUUUAAACUGCUUGAAGAGCUGGAGAGGCUUGAUGGGUUGUAUGAGAAAGAAGAAAGUUAUGACCGGGAAUGUUUAAUCUGUAUGAAAGAAGAGGUUUCGGUUGUGUUUCUCCCUUGUGCUCACCAAGUUGUUUGCGCGAGCUGCAGCGAGAGCUUCAUGGGUGGUGACAAAGCGACCUGUCCUUGUUGCAGAGCUUCGGUUCAGGAGAGAAUCCGUGUCUUUGGAGCGACUUCCUAGUCAAAAUAUUUCUUUUUGUUCAGAUAUAAUACUUGUCUUUUUUCUAUUUUAACUUAAAACUGAUGGAGCAUCUCUGCUUCAUAUUGUUGUCUCUUUUAAGUUCAACUAUGGCUUGAAUGUUAAGCAUUUGGUCUUUUACAUAAAUAAGUCUUUUUGAGUUGUUAAAA